AUGGAGUCAGUCAUCAAAGUUUCCUUGUCGGUUUGUCCAUUUGUUCAAUCUACUUCAACCCAGGCAUUGCGUCAAUUGAGUAGAUCGUCUGGUGGUUUGGCCCAACGUGCUCGUCAAUGUCCUUAUAUGGCCAAUGCACUCAAGGCUCAAGAGCAACAGCAACAGCAGCAACAUGAACAACAGCAACGUCAAGCUGUCAGAUCCUACUCUUCAGCUUCUAGCCCAAGAAGAGCUAGUGUCAGCCGUUCGUCCACCACUCCUGAUGCUUCUGCUUUUGUUCCACCACCACCACCACCAGCAGUAUCUCCAUAUCGUUUGCAAAAUGAAAACUUGUCCGAUGCUCAAGUCAAUUUCAAUGGUAAUGAACAAAAAUUUGAUUUCCAAGGGUUUUUAAAUGAUGACUUGAACAAGAAGAGAACUGAUAAAUCCUAUCGUUUCUUCAACAAUAUCAAUCGUUUAGCUAAUGAGUUCCCAAAAGCUCACCGUGCUCAAGAAGAUGAUAAAGUUACCGUUUGGUGUUCAAAUGAUUACCUUGGAAUGGGAAAGAAUGAAUCAACCUUGAAUGAAAUGAAGCGUGUUUUGGACAAGUAUGGGUCAGGUGCUGGUGGAACUAGAAAUAUUGCUGGCCAUAAUGCCCAUGCUAUCAAAUUGGAGUCUGAAUUGGCUGCUUUGCAUAAACAUGAAGCGGCGUUGGUUUUCAGUUCAUGUUUUGUUGCCAAUGAUGCAGUAUUGUCAUUGUUUGGUCAAAAGAUUAAAGAUUUGGUUAUCUUCUCCGAUGAGUUGAACCAUGCAUCAAUGAUUCAAGGUAUUAGAAACUCCCGUGCCAAGAAACACAUUUUCAAGCACAAUAACUUGGUUGAUUUAGAAGCUAAAUUGGCGCAAUACCCUAAAUCUGUUCCCAAGUUGAUUGCGUUUGAGUCGGUUUAUUCCAUGUGUGGAUCAGUCGCUCCAAUUGAAGCCAUUUGUGACUUGGCUGAAAAAUAUGGUGCAGUUACAUUUUUAGAUGAAGUCCACGCUGUUGGUAUGUAUGGUCCUCAUGGUGCUGGUGUUGCCGAACACUUGAAUUUUGAAGCCCAUUUGAAACUGGGUAUAAACCCUGCUGAUGUUGAAACUGUCAUGAGUAGAGUUGAUAUGGUUACUGGUACUCUUGGUAAAGCUUAUGGAUGUGUUGGUGGUUAUGUCACUGGUAAAGCAAACAUGAUUGAUUGGUUUAGAUGUUAUGCACCUGGUUUUAUCUUCACCACUAGUUUACCACCGGCAAUUAUGGCUGGUGCUGCUGAAUCCAUUCGUUACCAAAGAGCUACAUUAAAGGAUCGUAUUGCGCAACAGAAAAACACUAGAUAUGUCAAGGAUAACAUGAACCAAUUGGGAUUACCAGUUAUCCCCAAUCCAUCUCAUAUCGUCCCUGUGUUAAUUGGUAACGCAUACGAUGCCAAGAGAGCUUCUGACAUGUUGUUGGAUAAACACAAAAUUUAUGUGCAAGCUAUCAAUUUCCCCACUGUCCCCAUUGGUGAAGAGAGAUUAAGAAUUACUCCUACCCCAGGCCAUGGUCCUGAAAUCUCCAACCAUUUGAUUGAAGCUGUUAAUGAUGUUUUCAAUGAAUUGAAUUUAAAGAGAAUCAAUGACUGGACUGCAAGUGGUGGAUUAUGUGGUGUUGGUGAAACUGAUGGAGCACCAAUCCAGCAUAUUUGGACAGAUGAACAAUUGGCAUUGACUGAUGCUGAUUUGAAUCCAAAUGUUGUUGAUCCAAUCGUCGCUCCGUUGGGUGUCUCCUCAGGUGUCGCUUUGUAG